UGCCUGAUUACUGGCUCUCAUAUAGAGUAACCUGCACCAAGUUCAUAACAAUUAAUCCACACAGCAGGAAGGUGAGCGUAGUAGCUCUGUGCCUGACAGGAUCGAACAACAAUGAAGCUCAAAUCAAAGGUUUGUGGGAUCGAUGUCACUGUUGCUGCAAGUUUCUGGCUUCUCUGUCUUGCCGCUGUGGGAGUGGCAGCUGAUACAUUGGACAUCAGAGUGACGUCAUAUUAUACCUCUCUGACCCUGACCUGGUCAAAACCUCCUGGAAAGAAAAUUCAAUCCUAUAAUAUCAGCUAUGGGCUUGCCUCUCAAUCUACAAUAAUAGGAUAUGCUAAACGUGUUAGGGGGAACGAAACUCAUCACUUUGUCUCGUUGGAUUCACUGACUGCGAAUAUGACAUACAGAAUUACUGUGAGAUGGCAGACCAAUAUGACCUUGCUGACAGCACAAACUCUACCAUGCAGCUUAGGGCACACAAUCAAGGUCAAUGUGAAGAAUGAAUCUCGACUCAAUUACAAGAAUGAACCUCUACCAAUGUCAACAGUAAAUGUCAGUUGGUCUCUGGAAUCUACCAAGACAUCUAACACUGUUAUUAAAUACCGAGUAACAAUUAGAAACUCUAGAAGUAGGAUCGUCAACUCUAGUUUCACCACACCAACAACCCACAGCCUUCUCAUUGAGCUCAAUCACUUCACACAUUACACAGCAACAGUGCAAGCAUAUUCAAACUGUUCUGUGCAUCUUUUAUCAAAGACACAUGCUUUCCUAACAGAUGAAGGAUUGUUAGCAUUGCCUUCAAACUUCACAUUCGUUGGACACACACAUAACGCCGUGCAAGUCUCUUGGCUACCACCGUCGCAACCGAACGGAAUCGUUCGAGGUUACACACUGUCUUAUGCAAAAGCCAAUUGCAGUCUGGGCCACACAUAUGUGGAAGACGCUUCUAGUUGGGUAAAGAUAGCAGCAAUCAAUGCAACCGACAGAGUGUAUACUAUCACCGGACUCACUCCAGAUACGUGUUAUGCCUGUCUUCUUGCUGCCACAAACAAGUAUAAAGGCUAUGAUACACACCUGGAUGUGUACACCGAUUAUGCUCCUCUUGCCAAGCCUUCGGUAGAUAUAACAGUGUUGAGUAUCAAUUUGGUAACCAUCACAUGGGCUACUCCAGAUUAUCCAGAUGAGAGUACACUGUUGAGUUUCCUCAUAACUGUAAAGGAUGCCGAGACAAGUGGGUGGAAUUCCAGCAUUUCAUUGCAUCUUGCCAAUCUUUCGUCUCUCAGCUACAACAUCGGUGAACUCGCCUUGAGACCAUUCCAUACAUACAGCGUAACAGUGAAAGCUGUUUCACAGACAGGAGGACAAUACUCAAGCGUCAGUGGUCCAUACUCAUUCCGUACACCUGAAGACAUUCCAGGAGUUCCGAUCAAACUGGAGGCCUCCCAAACACGUAGACAAUUGAGUGAGGCUUUUUUAACUUGGGAGCCACCGCUAAAUCCAAAUGGCAUCAUAACACAUUAUGAGAUAGAGACAAUAAAAACCACAUACACGUUGGAGAGAAAUGGUGAGCUUCAGAUGAGUCAAGAGUCAGAUUUUUCAAUCAAAAUGAUGAGCAAUGAUGUCAACAUUAGUUUGCCUCUAAUGCCUAUAAAAAGCCGUUCGAUCCAUAAAGUAAUUCAUCUCCCAGAUGCAACUGACUUUGAGUAUGAGUACUCAUUUAAAGUCAGAGCAUUCACCUCUGUUGGUGCUGGCAACUAUACUAGCGAACAGAGCAUGGUUAUACACGGUGAUGGUCCCACUCCUCCUCGUCUGUUGUCUGUCUCUCUUGACGAGCCAUCAUCAACCGCUACAGUACAAUGGAUACGUCCGAUAGCCGGUUUCUCAUCAUUGGGUCAGAUGUACUAUUGGUACCUGGCAAUCUAUGCUAUAAAGGAAUAUAGAACAGAAUUAGGAGAAACUAAAACACUGAAUGAUACUCAAGGCAUUGCCAUACCAGGCAAUAAGGUGGAGACAGCGCCGACAAAAUACGAAGAUGUCAAAUUAUAUGCAGCAAAUUUUUCAAACAUUUUUGGUGACAUGAACUACUUUGUGUGGCUACUAGUUGGAAAUGCUGCAGGUGCUAGUCAUGAGUCAAAUGGCAAGUUAUUGGCAAUUCGACCAAAGGCACCCCUGUUUGUUGCUGCACCGGAUGUACUAGAUGAGGGUUUCCAGUCACAGUCUAAUGAUGACGCAAAAGUUGGAAAAGUGACGACGAGUGGGAGAAUGGUACAACUGAGAGCUGUUUCUGGCAUCAAUGGUGAUAUCGUAAAAUAUGCCAUUAUUGUUCUUCAACUUCCAACUGAUGAGUCUAAAGCUCUGAGUCAGGCAGAGCCCACCUCGCCAUUGAGCUCUGACUACAUAUUAGCAUCAAUCAAACCACCAUACUUUGCAUUCCUUAACAACUGGGCUGGCAUUCAGUUCAAUGUGCAUGACGACAAGUCUAAUGACGACGUCAACUCUAACUGGGAAUGGUUCGAAAUUGGAAAAGAAGAUUCUUGUGAGGAAGACAGCAUGGCUUGCAACAAACUGCUUUCACCCGGAACAAGUUAUAGGUCAGUUCUGCUGCACAUUGCCCACAGCAGUUGCAUACCGAUAACAAAUAAGCAAACAAACAUACAAAUAGACAGGCAAAUGAGCACACAAGCCGACAAACGUAGACAUACACACGCACGCACGCAUGCACACACACACACACACACACACACACACACACACACACACACACACACACAGAAGUGUGCAGAAUAGAAGAUGCAUAUCAUCUAGUGACUAGUAUCUAUCAUAGUAUAUAUACUGUAGCGACUAUGACAGUCAGUCAGAGCACAAUGUGAAUGAAGUAGCAUUCACGUACCUAUAGAUCGUAGGCAGAUACUAUACAUCAUUAUACUAUAACAUGAAUUCAAACUACAGACUCUAAGUGCCUGUCUGUGUCCACACAGAGUGAUGCUUGACAGCUAGGAAAUUAUGCACAUCACAAGUACAGUCAGUAAGGAUACGCACUGUACCAUAAAUUACAUGUGCAUAAACUUUCUACCUUUGAAUAGUUUUUAUUGAAGUUGAAUAUCUUGCUACAAUGGUAGAUAAAUAAAUACAUAUUUAUCCAGAACACUCUCUGUCUUCCAACGGGUAGUUACAAUUUUUAAUAUGAAAUAAUUCAGAUGGCAUUCCUACCACACACUAGAAGAAUCAAGAUGAUUGCCGUGGUCCGCCUAAUUAUUCUCUGACGUUCGAUAGGCUCUAAUACAUACACAUUAACUAUACCUUCAAUACUCCAUCAAAAUAUGUUGACUACUUUAAAACAGUAGACAAAAUGAUUCUGGCAUUUGACAAAUAUCGAUUGCCUGCAAGAGUACAAUUGUUUGAUAUAAUUUCUUUCUUAUGUUUAUGCCGUAUUACCUCACAUGCAAAGGCAGGGUUCUUAUUAGAAUAUUUUGGCACAGUCAGUACUAGUUAUUCUGACCACGUUGUCCCUCUGGUUUCUGUCAUACUAAUGCGACUGUAGGAUUAUCAGUGGCAAAUGGACAAUGACCCGUGUGAGUGUGUGUGUGUGUGUGUGUGUGUGUGUGUGUGUGUGUGUGUGUGUGUGUGUGUUGGUCAAAAACUUAGUGUGUCGGUUUAUUGGAUGUCGGAUUAUCGGAUGUUGGAAUAACAAGGUCUGACUGUACUAUGUGCCUUUGCACAGCGUGGUUAGGUAAUAGGGUAGAAGCCACGAAAUUUCCUGGAAGAUAGCAGACAAAGUAAGACAUCAUACAUUUCUGAUAAAUGUUUGCAGCAUGUGUAAGUGAUGCAAGAGAGCCGUUGCCAACUGAAAUUUAUCUGAGAGCAACCAAAUCAGCACCAGAAAUACGGCGAUCAGUGAUGUCUUCCAUUGCCUUCAAUCCUCCAGGAAACUCCAUGGCUCCUAACCUAUUCCCUAACCACACCGUACAAAGGUACAUAGUACCAAAUGUUCUAAUAAGAGCCCCACUGUGCUAUGUGAAAUACUAUGGUGUCAACUGAUCAUUCCCACUGAUAUACAUACAUCCCAUCACGUUGAACCCCAAUACUAAUAAAGGCCAGACCAACUAAGUUCUGAUGCUCGGAUAUUUCGACAUGAAACCUGGACCAACCAAUCAAAAUAAAAUAAAUAAAGUAACGAUCAUGCGACAUUUUGAGCAUGAUCAGUUUUCAUUGCACUGCAAUGCAUACAAACGUGAGACAACAAAGUGGACACCAAAACAAAAGUCGCCGAUACCGACCGGAACAUGGAAACAGUCACUUGGACCACAUGCACUGUUACACUUGUGAAGUCAUUAAUACAUGGUCGUAUUACCUUGCAUGAUGUAUACACUACCAAGUCAUUUACAGCAAGUGCGAUAUUAUUGCAUGUAUGCACAUCAAAUUUUAUUUUUGUUUUGGUCAAGCUUAAACUGGACCGGCGAAUCCGAGCAUCAAGAAAUUCAAUUGGUCUGGCCUAACAGACAGACAAUGACUUAACACAUGUAGUAGCUUGCACUAAAGGUAGCAAAUAGAUACACAUUCAACACAAAUACGUGUUAAUGGCA